GGAGUUAGGGGGAUUCUGGGAAGCUGCAUUAGGUAGAGGGGACAAGUGAGUAGAGACCUUGCCCUCGGCUUGUCUUGCAGCUCCGCCCCUUCAAUUACCUUUAUAUUUGUCAGACUUUAGGGGGGGCCGGGGCUGGGGGCGGCGUCCGGGACUGGGCGGGGGUACGGAGAGAGCUGCGAGACAGAAAGGCAGCGAGGGCCGGAUCCGAGUGUUGUACUUGCGUUUGCUGGACACGCUGUCUAGGGGAACAGGUGCAAAGACAGCGUGCCCGAGGUUGCGUUGUGGAAAGGAGCUGCGGAGCCCGGCACGGGGCCCUUGCCCUGGCUGCGCGGGUGUACGCUGGCAGCGAAGAUGCCGGCUCGUUGUGUGGGGGCGGGCAGGUCGUGGCGGGGUGUUUGGUCCCCGUGGGCUAGGAGGUGGAAUGUAAGGAUGUUCCGAGGCUAUGGAGUAAGGCGCCGAGCGAGGUCUUCAGUGCGGGGAGUGCGCUGUGCAAGCGGAGGGAGGCCGGAGGAUGGUAGGCGGCCUUGGGGGAGAAGGACUACGGAGCCCGCAGUACCCACUGGGAUGAACAAGGCCUUUGGGAUACCAGGGACUUCAGGCUCGGUUGAGGCAGCAGUGGACACCAGGGCAGUGUGGGUGAACGGGGCUCUGGGAGAGCCCGAGGUGGUUGGACCUGCUGGGUCUGUGUGGGUGACUCGAUCUGACAAGGAGGAGCCAGACGGUGGGAGUCCACCAAGCUGUGAGAGGAAAGGUCGUCGCAGAACACUUGGCCAUGAGAGCAUCCUGGAACUGUGGUUGAAGGUGCAGGCUAUGAGGGUAGCUUCAGGAUGCUGGGGAGGAAGCAGAGUGGAGCUCCAUCCUGUUCCUGCGGGAGAGGGGCCAGUCGAAAAGGGCCUUCCCGGGCGAGCUUCCUGGUUAGAGACGAGCCAAGGUGGUGUCACAGGGCCCUGGGUGAGAGGACGUGCUAGGGCAUUCCCCAGGGCCUCAGGACUGCCCUGUGCUAGGGAAAUAGGGGCAGGUUGUGAGAGAGUCUCCAUCUUAUGUAGGCAGGGACAAGCUGGGAAGACACCUCCUGCUGUGGGUGGACCUGGGGUAGUGGAGAAGAUAAGCUGUGCUGCCAUGGGCCCUUGGGAAAAGAGACAAGCUAUGGGGGUGCCUGAGGCCAUAGGAUGUUCUGAGGCCUUGAAAAGACCCACAGAGGGAGAAGUGAGGGGAUGUGGGGGUGCCCCAGGUCUGUGUCGCAAGGGGCAUUCAGUGCAGGGUUCUGGAGCUCUGGAGGAAGAACCUGUAUAUGGGCAUAUGUUAUGGGAAAGGGGGCAGAUUGUAGGGGCUUCUGAUGCCUUGAUGGUACUUCCCAGGGCUAUGGAAGAUGAAACUACCCCCCAAAGGGGGCUGGAGUUGUGGCAAAGGAGACAAGAGGUGGAAGAUACAGGUUCUAGGGCCAUGGCACAGCCUGUGGGAGUGUCUUGUCCUAGAGAAGACGGAGCUAGAUGUGGAACUGACCCAGGGCCGUGGGGAGCUGCUCAGGCUGCAGGGUUGUCUGCCUCUGAGGAGCAGGAGACAGGUUCUCAAGGUGCCACGGGGCUAUGGGGUAUAGAACAGGCAGUGGGAGCACCCAGGGCUUUGGGGAAGGAGUCGGACGAUGCACGUGCUCCAGGAUGGUGGGGAACAGGACAGCUGCCGAGCAUGCAGACUGUGGUGGUAUCAGGAGAUUGGGAAGAAGCCGGCUGUGAUGUUUCAGGCCUGUGGGAGAGGCAGCAGGCUUUGGGGCCUCCUCUGGCUGAGCCAUUACCAGGACCAGCUAUGGAGGAGACACACAGUGGGAGUCUCCUAAGCCUGUGGGAGAGGGGGCAGGUCAUGAGGGAGCAAGAGGCUCAGGGGCCUGCAGCUUUAGGGAUACCUGGGGCUGUGGAUCAGGAUGCCAGUUGUGGGGUUCUUUCAUGUCCAUGUGGUAGGAGGCGGGCUGUGGAAUUGAUGGAGGCAGUUGUGAGGCCAAAGCUCAGGUGUGCCCCAGGAGCACCCUCAGCUCUGGGUGUGCCUGCUGCCACCUUGUGUGUAUGUCAGGAAAGCAGCUCUACAGAUGGUGUGGACCUGUCAGAAAGACCUUACAUUGCCUCUGCGGGGCCCAUGGCUCCUGAGGAAUGUUCAUCUAUGGUAGAGGAUGCUGAGUCUAGGGCCCUUCCAGGCUCAUGGGGAAGGAGACCAGCUAUUGGGGUUCCCAUGGCUCCUCAAGUGCCUGGUUCUCUGGAGGUAGAGGCUGACUCCAGAGGUUUCUCUGGCAUGUCAGGAAGGAGACAGGCUGCAGGUAUACCUGUGACUGCAGGGGUAUCUCCAGCUGGUGUGGGCGUGGCUCCCAGGGCAUCUAGUUCUGUGUGGGAGCACACUGGAUCUAGGAGUGCCUCAGACUCAGUAGGAGGCAGGCCACCGACAUGCGUAUCCAUGACCGUAGGGCUGCCUGAGUUCACAGUGGAUGAGACACUCUGUGAGGGUUUACAAAGAAGACAGUCUGCCCCAGUGCCUGGGACUGCUAGAACUGCCACAACUGUGGGAGUGCCCACAGCUUCUGGGCUCUUUGGGCCUCACCGGGUGGUAGACAGUGGCGGUGGAGAAAGCUCAGAGAUAUGGCAAAGAAGACAAAUGGCCGAGGCGCCUGCUGUCCGCAGAGUCCCUAAGCUUGAGAGGGAAGCAGGCUCUGAUAGUGCCUCUGAUCUGUGGAGGAGAAACAGUGGGACAUUUUCUGAGGCGAUGAGGGGGGCUUUGCAUCAGGAGGUGCUUACAGCUGUUGGGGUUCCUGUGGUUGGGUGUGUACCUGCUGCAGUGUGGGUGACUGAGUCCCCUCGAGAGGAAGCAAAUGAAGGUGACUAUGACAUGACAGUGGCAAGGGGACAGUCCAUGGAAGGAGUAAGGGCAUCAAGGGAGGAAACAGUGAGUAGAGGGAUCCUGGGGCUUGCAGGGAGGGGCCAGGCUGUGGGGGUGUCUUAUACCCAUGAGCUUGGUGCCAGGAUGUGGGGCAGUCCAAGGCUUUCGGGGGAGGAAACAGCCUGUGAGACUGUGCCCAGGGUAUCUGCAGUGAGAACAGCUGGGGCAGCAGUUUCAAGGGAGGACGUGGGUCUUGGCCAUUUCAGAGCUGACCUGCAGGGGAGUGGCCAGAGAGUUGUGGAAGGGGUUCCUGAAGCUAGAGUGAGAGAGGAUGAUUUGGGGGAGAGGGAGGAGGGCGGGUUGAGAGGCACCUUCCAGUAGAUGUAUAGAAAGCAAUUGGAAGAUGUCCUGGGGUUCUGGGGGGGAAAGAGGUUGGGUAACCAUUUGUCUUGGGCAUAGGUGAAGGAAGUGGGAUGUGUCGGGACCUUAUGAUUCCUGGAGAGAUACUUUGUGGUGAUGUCACAGGGAGACUUUUAGAAAGAUGGGGAAUGCAUUACAAGGAGGCCUGUCCCAGGAUUUUUUACAGCGGAAUGGUGUGGGGUGGGCGUCCCUGGACUUGUGUUUGU